GCAGGCUGCAGCUCGUUUUUUUUUUCCCCCGUAUGCGCCUGUGCGCACCACGUGACCACGCAGUUGAUGGAAAGAUGGAAAGUAGAAAGAGCAAGGGUGGUGCGGAGAAGGCAAGAAUUAAAAAGAGGAAAGCGCUGGAAACAGAUGCAGCUAAAUGUGCAAAAAUGAGCACCUUUUUUUCUCAAACAAGCUUGCGGUCUUUAACUUCAAAUGAAGAUAAAACGGCCCCUCAGAGUCAAACACAAGAUCCAGUAGGCCUAAUAAGCACCAGGCAGAAACCCACCAUUCCAGAGCGGACAUGUACAGUGUAGUGUCAGAAGAAGAGCCAGGAGCCAGCAGUGAGGGUAUUGCUCCUGUUGGGAUAGAAGUUCCUAGCAUGAAACGGCUAAAUAAAAUGUGCUACCACUUCAGGAUCGCUGAUCAGCAGUGAUUGAUUUACCGUCUGUACUUCACCUGAACCAAAUAUCUGUUCCAUAUGGAUAUGAACAGCAUAAAUGCAGAGCUCCACAAGUGACCAAGGUGACUACAUCCUCACAUCAGAGCCAGUCCGUGCGUCCCGGCUGCCCCAAGAAACGGGAACAGCCAGCCGCCUGCUGUAAAAUGGGAGCAAAUGUUCCCGGGCAGGAGACAGGAGAAGCCGGGCACCCGCUCAAGUUUCCAGCCAGCAGCUCCACUAACAUGUUUGACCAAGCAAGCAGUUAAAUGACACAGCAUUUCCCCCCAUUCAACCUGCGAGAUAAAGUACAGAAAUCAGCUCAACAGGUGGUGCUGCUUAAAGAAGAAGCUCCUGAAGAACAGAGUUCUGGUGGGAACCAGCAUGAUGCAGAACAUUUCCAUAUAAAGGAGGAACAGGAUGAACUCUGGACUAGUCUGGAGAAAGAGCAGCUCCUUUGUGAGGAGACAGAUGUCGCCAGGUUUCCAUUCACUACGGUUUUUAUAAAGAGUGAAGUUGAUGAAGAGAAACAUCUUGUCUCACAGCUUCAUUACCCAAAAAUAGAAAACAGAGAUGUUCCAACCAGCAGCGCAGCUGACCAGAUGACAGCUGAAACCUGUGGAGAAGCAGAAACUUACACGGACACAGAUCUAAAUCAUCAUGAUCAGACAUACAAUUCUUCAGAGACUGAAUACAGUGGAGAUGAUAAAGAGGAUGGUGAUGUGAAUUUGGACCCUGAUUUGUCAGACCCUCGGUCUGAAAUUCGAGACAGAGACAGUGACUGGAAUGAGAGCAGUUCAUCUGAAACAAAUGUUAAGGCUGUCAACAAACGUUUAAGCUGCCCUGAGUGUGGUAAACAAUUUCUCCACAAGAGGUCUCUCCAAAAACAUGUUAGAGUGACAAGUCACUCAGCAAUAAGGUCUUUGGGCUGUUUGGUUAAUAAUAAAUGCGUUGGAGUGAAGCAAAAUGUAGACUUAAAAAGGAAAGUCCAGAGAGAACUAAAAUUAUUUAGUUGUGAUGAAUGUGGAAAAAUAUUUAGUAAAACUGCUUAUUUAAAAUGUCACAGUAGAGUCCACACAGGACAGAAGCCUUUUGCCUGUGAGAUCUGUGGAAAAAGAUUUAGCCAAAAGACACAUUUGAACACUCACAAGACGGUCCACACAGGACAGAAGGCUUUUGCUUGUGAGCUCUGUGGACAAAAGUUUAGUCAUAAGACUUCUUUAAACACUCACAUGGUGGUCCACACAGGAAAGAAGACUUUUGCAUGUGAGCUCUGUGGAAAAAGAUUUCACCGAAACACACUUUUAAACAAACACAUGAAUGUCCACGCAGGACAUAAACCCUUUCCUUGUGAGCUCUGUGGACAAAGAUAUAGCCAUAAAGGAUAUUUAAAAAGUCAUAUGAGGGUCCACACAGGUCAGAAGCCUUUUGCUUGUGAGCUCUGUGGACAAAGAUUUAGUCAAAAGACACAUUUAAACACUCACAUAAGGGUCCACACAGGGCAGAAGCCUUUUGUCUGUGAGAUCUGUGGACACAGAUUUAGUCAUAAGACAACUUUAGACGGUCACAUAACAGUCCAUACGGGACAGAAACCUUUUGCUUGUGAGCUCUGCGGACAAAGAUUUAGCCGAAAGAUACUUUUAAACAGUCACAUGAAAGUCCACACAGGAGAGAAACCUUAUACCUGUGAGAUCUGUGGACAAAAAUUUAGACAUAAGAUAACUUUAGACGGUCACAUAACAGUCCAUACAGGACAGAAGCCUUUUACUUGUGAGCUCUGUGGACGAAAAUUUAGUCAAAAGACAAAUUUAAACAGUCACAUGAGGGUCCACACAGGAGAGAAACCUUUUGCCUGUGACCUCUGUGGUCAACGAUUUAGUCAUAAGACAACUUUAAACAUUCACAGGCGUGUCCACACAGGAGAAAGGCCUUUUUCUUGUGCACUCUGUGGACAAAAAUUUAGUCAAAAUACACAUUUAAAUCAUCACAUGAAUGUCCACACAGGUCAGAAGCCUUUUGCUUGUGAAGUCUGUGGGAAAAGAUUUGGCCGAAAGACACAUUUAAACAGUCACGUGAGUGUCCACACAGGACAGAAACCUUUUGUUUGUGAACUCUGUGAGAAAAGAUUUCGCCGAAAGUCAAAUUUAGACAGUCACAUGAAAGUCCACACAGGACGGAAUACUUUUGCUUGAGCUCUGUUGACAAAGAUUUGGUCAAAAGUCAUGUUUAAACAGUCACAUGAAAGUCCACACAGGACAGAUUACUUUUGCUUGUGAGCUCUGUUGACAAUUAUUUAACCAAAAGACACAUAUAAACAGACACAUGAGUAUCCACAGAGGACACAAAGAGCUCAUUUAACUACAAAAGUAACAAAAGGGACCCUUGAAGAUUUUACUGUCCCACGAGCCACUUUUUUAUCGCUUGAGAGCCAGAUAGAGGGGCUUUCCUGCAGCACUACUCAGAUGGCUGCUGUACAGUUUGACAACCUAUUCCAAAAGCAUGGUUUGGUGUUUUACCCCAACUUUUCAGUACCUGCUUUUUUGUGGUUCUUAGCAUGCUGAUCCAGUCCAAAAAGGUGAUGUCAGAUAAUGUAGGUCACUGAUUAGCUAAGGAGGUGGAGUCACUGGUUGCUCCAGAACUUUCUACAAGCUGCGUCUUUACCUGCAGCCUUUUCCAAGUUCAGAGUUGGACAAAAAGCCUGGGUGUUCAACAUUACCCUCGCUGUUGUGCUGUGUUGUAUAUUUGUGUGACAUUCAGAUCACCUUGCAUUGAGUACAGAUAACCUCACCCUACUUUUGUGUCAGGAAGAAAUCUCCCUGUGUUUGCUGGUGCCACCCACUCCACUCCACUAUGGUGGGUGCACCGAUUACAGCCGUACCUCAGUUUGAAAUGGAAAAACAACCCACGCUGUCUAGAGCUCAGUCAUGCCAAGUCAAAUGAGGCGUAGACGUAUCAAACAUGUUUUAGUUGUUUCUCUACUCCAACACACUUGAUUCACCUGUUCAGCAGCUCAUCAAACUCUACAGAAGCCAGUUAAUCACCUGCUGAUUAAAAUCAGGUGCGUUGCAUCAGGGAAACAACUGAAACAUGCUGGAUACCAGACCUCGGGAAAGCGAGCUAUCUACCCCUGCCUUAGGGAGUGAGUCUUAAACCCUGUAAAUCAGAAAGAUCCUGUCUGCUUACAGAUCAGGGUAAUGGAAAAGCCACGUCCGUAACAUCAUUUCAGGGCUCCAGUGUUGUUUUGGUUCUAAUCUAAAGGUAUUGUCUACAUUCCAGCUGGAGUUGUGCUAUUGCUUCUUGUUUAUUUAUAACGACAUGGCUUGGUGGAAGAUUCUGUCAACCUUUUGAAUGAAUAUUGUCACCUUUAGAUGUAGAGAAAUGUAUCUACUAGAAUAGUAAUUAGGAUAACUUCAUUUAUAGUUUCACAUCCCACUGAUGUUUGUUUUAUUUUAGCCAAUAAGAAGGAAUCUGUCAAAAAAGUUGUUUUCCACAGAUCAUGAAAUGGAAAUCUUGAGUAAAUUUUAAUUAUAUAGCACUCGUCACAGAAAGAGAAAUCACAAAGUGCUUCACAUAAAUCAAAAACAAAAUUAAACUAAUAAAGUCAUAAAAUCAUAAUGAUCUUACAAAUAGAAAUUAAUUACAAUCAGAACAAAUCUAUACAAAAUAUACAUGUGAUCUUUAAUUACGACGUUAAUAAAAGUGAAAUAUUUAGAGGUUUUGGGAUAAUUUGACUGUUUCUUUUCAUGUGUCAUGUUGGUCUUAAGUUUAUUUCAUAAUGUCCUUAAAAGAUCUUAACUUAAUAAAACCUGCAAGAACCUUG